CGCCAUCUUCUACCCUUUCCCUCUCCCUUUCCCUUCCCUUCCCGCCCCCCUCCUUCAAGAAGCUUCGUUUCGCGUUCAUCGCGGCCGUCGUCGUCGUCGUCGUCGUCCCUCCCAUGUCUGAGCCAAUCACGGAAAAGAAGGAGGCAGGCCCCCCGGAGCCCGCUCCGGAGCCUACCUCCGCAGACAAUGCUGAUACUCCUGCCGCCGAAACCCCUGCUGAGAAGAAGCGCGAAUACAAGGACUUUGGCCACGGCGACGAGGAAAAGAACACUCACGCCAAGGUCGACAUGUCUCAAAUCGAGCUCAAAGCAGAGGACCUUUACGAUAAGGAGAAGGUUGAUCUGGAGACAUUGGUUAUGGAGGACGUUUUCAAGCUGCUUCAGUGCGGCGAAGACGGCUUGGAUCCUGCCGAGGCAGCGAGACGUUUGGAGCUUUUCGGUCCGAAUAAACUUGAGCACGAGGAACAAAAUCCCUUCCUCCAAUUCUUGUCUUUCAUGUGGAACCCUCUGUCAUGGGUGAUGGAAGCUGCUGCUCUCGUAGCCAUCGCCCUUUCCAACGGCGGUGGUAUGCCACCGGAUUGGGAAGAUUUUGUCGGUAUCGUCCUCUUGCUGCUCGUCAACUCGUCUAUCGGUUUUUACGAAGAACGUGGCGCUGGUAAUGCCGUGAAGGCGCUCAUGGACUCUCUCGCGCCGAAGGCCAGAGUUAAGCGCAGCGGUGCCUGGUCAGAAAUCGAGUCUGCCGACCUUGUUCCGGGUGAUAUGGUUGCGUUCAAGAUUGGUGAUAUUGUCCCCGCCGACGUGCGUCUUACCGAAGCCAUCAACGUAUCGAUCGACCAGGCCGCCUUGACUGGCGAGUCCUUGCCCCAGAGCAAGAAAGUCGGCGAUCAGUGCUUCUCCGGUUCCACCUGCAAGCAGGGUGAGGCUGAAGGUGUUGUCAUCUCCACGGGUCCGAACACGUUCUUUGGCCGUGCCGCCAAGCUCGUCGGUCAGGACGACGACACAACUGGCCAUUUGCAAAAGAUUCUCGCCCAGAUCGGUUCUUUCUGCCUUGUUUCCAUCGGUCUUUUUGUGGUCCUCGAAAUCGUCAUCCUCUAUCCCAAGUACCACUACUCGUACCGCCGUGGUCUCAACGAUAUACUGGUGCUUUUGAUCGGUGGCAUUCCGAUCGCCAUGCCCACCGUGUUGUCCGUUACGCUUGCCGUCGGUGCCCAGCAGCUCGCCAAGCACAAGGCCAUCGUCACCCGUAUUACUGCCAUCGAGGAAUUGGCCGGUGUCACCAUCUUGUGCUCUGACAAGACCGGCACUCUUACCACCAACAAGCUCACCAUCGACAGCAACCUUGUCAAGACUUACGGUCCUUUCUCCGCCGCUGACGUCAUGCUGCUUGCCGCCUAUGCUUCUCGUACUGAGAACCAGGACGCCAUCGAUGCUUGUGUCGUUGGUGCCAUCCCCGACCCUGCCAAGGCUCGUGAGGGUAUCAAGUUGCUCGACUUCAAGCCUUUCAACCCCGUCGACAAGCGCACUGAGAUCACCUACCGCGAGGAGAGCACUGGCAAGUUGAAGCGUGUCACCAAGGGUAUGACCGGUAUCAUCGUCGAGCACUGCACCCGUAACAAGACCGAGGAGAUCGAGAACAGGCUCGAAGCUGAUGUGGAAGAGUUUGCUGCUCGUGGUCUCCGUGCCCUCGCUGUUGCGUACGAAGAACUCGACGGGCAGGAUCCUGCUGCUGAGGGUAACGGCUUCGAGCUUAUCGGCCUUCUCGCCAUCUUCGAUCCUCCUCGUGCCGAUACUAAGCAGACCAUUGACGAUGCUAUUGCCCUCGGUGUUAAGGUUAAGAUGGUUACUGGAGAUCAGCUCGCUAUCGCAAAGGAGACUGGCCGUCGUCUUGGUCUCGGUGAUCACAUGUACCCCGCCAAGGUGCUCAAGGACGGUCCUCCAGUCGGUGGCAAGCACAUGUCCCUCGAUGAGAUGAUUCUCGAUGCCGACGGCUUUGCUGGUGUGUUCCCGGAGCACAAGUACGAAAUUGUCAAGCGUCUCCAAGGUCUUGGCCACCUUUGCGCCAUGACUGGUGAUGGUGCCAAUGAUGCUCCUGCUCUGUCUCGUGCCAACGUGGGCAUCGCCGUCGAGGGUGCAACCGAUGCUGCUCGUGGUGCCGCCGAUAUUGUGUUGACUGAGCCUGGUCUGUCCACCAUCGUCCACGCCAUCCGCGGAUCACGUGUUAUCUUCCAGCGCAUGAGGAACUACUCCAUCUACGCCUGCUCCGUCACCAUCCGUAUCGUCGUCUGCUUCGCUAUCCUGGCGUUCGCGUACCAGUUCGACUUCCCGCCGUUCAUGAUCCUGAUUAUUGCCCUCCUUAACGACGGUACCAUCAUGACCCUCUCUGUCGACCGUGUCCUUCCUUCUAUGACUCCUGAUGCAUGGGAUCUCGCCGAGAUCUUCGCUUUCGCCGUCGCCUACGGUAUCUGGCUUACACUUUCGACGAUCGCUCUCUUCAUGGUUCUUUGGCAUACCGAGUUCUUCGAGAACCACUUCCACGUCGAUGGCUACCACGAUGACGUCAACAACAACCACAUUCACAUGAUCCUGUACCUUCAGGUCGCCAUCAUUUCUCAGGCUCUUAUCUUCGUCACCCGUUCCCACGGCUUCUUCUUCAUGGAGCGUCCUUCCAUAGCCCUCAUGGUCGCUUUCGGCAUCGCUCAGCUGAUCUCUUCCAUCAUUGCUGCCUACGCUAACUGGUACUUCACCGAUGUUGAGGCGAUCUCCGGUGGUUGGAUCGGUAUCGUCUGGGUUUGGAACAUCAUGUGGUAUAUCCCUCUGGACUACAUCAAGUUCGCGAUGAAGGCUACCGUUGUCAAGUGGCUGCGUGAGCGUCGCGAGCGCCGUAUUGUAGACGACCGUGGUGAGCCACUCCAGCGCACCCAAUCCCGCGCCGCCUCGAUCCACGAGUCUCUGUAUUCCAACCGUGUCAGCUUCAUCCGUCGCGCUGUCAGGACGGUUGGUUUCGGCCAAGGUCGCACUGUCAGGAUGAGUCAGAACGAGCUGCAGCGCUUCAGUUCCCUCCAGGCCCAGCACGCUGGUGCCACCCUCGCUCGCAACCCGUCCCGCGUUUAAACCAUCCGGAUAGACACUCGGAGGAAGACCAGUGUCACGGAUGGACACUGUAUUGCUACACAAACAAAUCGUCGACAAGGAUUCCCUUUUUUGCGCACUUUGUCUCCGCCAUCCUUACAACUGCGUUUCCUCUACUUCCUAUUUCUUAUUUGCCAUGACGUCCGCAGAACCAUUGUAGAAGCUCUAAUUGGACAAGAUUGUCAAUAAGAAGUAUUCCCCGCGGGCGCUUCCCCGCAUAU